AUGGCGGUUUGCACCAGCAGUCUCACGUCGGAUUCAGGUGGAGCUCCAGAAAACUUUCACAUCACCUAUUCACAUGACGGCGACGAAGACGACGAUGUUACGAACGUUGUGCGCGAGGGCGACCUGAUGUCCACAUCCAGCUUCCAGAUCGGUGGCAUUGGUGGCGAAGGAAGCCUGCGUUGUCCGCUUUGCAGUGCCUAUCGCCGUCUGUUUCAUUGCAAAUCGUGCAUUCGUCAUGGGGAUUUUUUGCACACCAGCACGGACAUUUGUUGCCAGCUGCCAGAGCGCUUCGGCGAGAAACAACAACGCCUUCGAAACCUGCAUUCAGCCAACGCAACGCUCGAGAAUAAGGGCACAAGAAUGUUGGCAAAGUGGUACCAGGCUGGUCGAUUGUCGGGAGAAAUCAAGCAACGCUCGGACAAGGCGAGUAUAAUUCGCAAAACAAUCGAGGUGAAACGCUCUGCCAUCGAGAAGCUACGUGAGAAGGAGCGUGUGUUGGGAGAUGCUAUCCGGAAGCUGCGCAUAACCCUGCCCCGGUAUGAUGAUAAGGUGAAGACACUGAGUGAGUUUGUCGCGGGCAAGUUAGAAGAAAGCGAACAUCGCAAAGCUAAACUGUCGUCGGUGCAAGAGCGAUUGCGUGAGAUGAAGCGAGACCAAAUCUCGCAACUAGUUCAGUUUAUCUUCCCCAUCACGCAAACGUUUGCGAAUCGUAGCAGUUUAAUGGCAGGAGGUCCCACGACCAGCAGUAGCACUGCAAGCAGUGCUAGCGGAAGUUCUGGUGGAGGUGGCGUUGUUGGAACUGGACUCAGCCAUACGCGAAGCACCAUUAAUGAAAUCUCGGAAGCAACCAGAACGGCCUACAUACGUGGACAGUGGAUUCUCCAGGACAGCUUCGGAGAGGUGCAGUUUGUAAUAAUCGCUCCUGCGUUGCCUGGUACGGGGAACUACUCGGCCUACAUAGAAUGGGCAGCAGGGGGUGGAAAUGCAAUAAAUGCUACGUCUAUCGUCGCAGCAACAACCGCGUUAGAGGAAUCAACGCUUGGACCAGCAGCUAAUAGAGUCGGGAGUCAUAAUCCGGCACACACGAUUGCGGCUGCUCUCACGUAUACGAGCCAGUUGGUACUGCUGCUCGGUUAUUACUUAGACGUGCGGUUACCGUAUCGUGUGUCAUAUGGCGACUUUUGCACAACUACACUUUCGGAGGCACAAUUCACUCGGAAGGUGGCCCGACUCAACGCAGACAUCGUGUUUCUUUGUCACACGCAAGGUUGCCGGCUGAACGAGAUGAACCCGAUCCACACUCUCCAAAACAUGCUCUGUCUCCUAAAGUCACCCAAUCUUGGACACUGCGGUCCGACUGAUCGAACCAGCUGCCUCUCGGACUCAAUGGAACAGCUGCUUAUGCAAAAUAUCGGAGAAGAAUCCGAUUCGGAGGACGAGACUAACAUUCAUCAGGAUUGGGAAGCCGUUCCUAGCAAUCUUUCGCCCGUGGUGGCUGAACAGGUUUAUCAACCCUUGGCACAAGUGCUGGAGCAAAGACGGACAACUGGUGGCCCUCACUUCCAGUAUCAUCAUCAUCUUCAGCCCCCUACUGCUGCAGCCGCCACAAGCCUCAUGACGAGUGCCUUUGCGUCGGUUAGUUCAUUCUGGAAAGGUUGGACGGGGAAGUAA